AUGGGGGACGCGCUGGGGGCCCGCGGGGCCCUGUGCCCGGCCAGGGCGCCCAAAGACCAUCAGGAAGGCUUGUUGGCAUUUCAGCUACACAUGGAUGGAUACCACCUGGCCAUCACCCACCUGCUGGCAGGGCAGUCAGGCAUGGGGAUGUCGAGACUUGUGUUGAACGCUGCCUUGGAUGCAGACCGAGUUGUGCUGCAGCAGAUGAGAAAAGCAGCAAAAGCAGAGCAUGCCUGCGGACAAGAUCUCAUCAGCCACAUUGAAGCCCACAUCGCUGCUCAGGAGAAAUUCUCAGCCAACUACCAGCUGGAGGGUGAGGAGCAGCUGGCCAAAGCCUUUAGCACCUUUGCGACCUUUUCCUGGGAGCUACUGACGGCUGUCAGGAGCCUGUUGCAGAGUUUGUAUCACAACAUCAACUUUUCCCUGGAGUCACUAAUAAAGGGCGACUUGAAAGAGCUCAAAGGGGAAUUCAAAAAACCAUUUGAGAAGGCCUGCAAAGACUAUGAGAACAAACUUGCAAAAAUUGAGAAGGAGAAGCGAGACCUUGCAAAGCAGUAUGGGAUGGUGCGAAGCGAGGUGAGCGGAGGUGAGAUUGCAGAGGAGAUGGAGAAGGAGCGGAGGACCUUCCAGUUAAACAUGUGCGAGUAUCUAAUCAAAGUGAAUGAGAUCAAAACCAAGAAGGGGAUCGGCUUGCUGCAAAACCACAUCAAGCACUGCAACUCACAAUUCAAUUUCUUUCAGGAAUGUUUAAACACAACAGCAAAACUGAAGAAGUUUACAGAAAAGCUCAUUCCAGAGCUGCAGAGCAUGAAGAUUUGGCAGGAUGAGGAGAAGAAGCAGCUGUGCUCCCUUCGGGAUCAACUGAAAACAGCAUUGCAGCUGGAGCGGAAAGAGGAUUCUGGGAGCAAACAGGCAAAGUACAACAUGCACCAGCUGCAAGGGAACAAGGAGUAUGGCACAGAGAAAUCAGGGACCCUCUUUAAGAAAAGCGAUGGGUUGAGAAAAGUCUGGCAGAAGAGGAAAUGUACCAUCAGCAAUGGCUACCUUACCAUCUCCCAUAGUACGCUCAACCGCCCACCAGCCAAGCUGAAUUUACUGACAUGCCAGGUGAAGCCGAAUGUGGACGACAGGAAAUGCUUUGAUCUGGUUUCACAUAACCGCACCUACCACUUCCUGGCAGAGAAUGAGCAGGAAUGUGUUGUAUGGGUGUCCGUCCUCAGCAACAGCAAGGAGGAGGCUCUAAACGUGGCCUUCAGCAAGGCACAAAGUGGUGGCGAGAGCAGCAGGGAGGAGCUGACCCAGGCCAUCAUUGAGGAAGUUAAAUGCAAGCCCGGGAACGGAGAAUGCUGUGACUGCUCAGCACCAGAUCCCACUUGGCUCUCCAUUAACUUGGGCAUCCUGAUCUGCAUCGAGUGCUCUGGGAUUCACAGAGAGAUGGGUGUGCAUCUUUCCCGCAUCCAGUCGCUAUCUCUGGACAAGCUGGCAACCUCAGAAUUGCUGCUGGCAAAGACUAUUGGCAACUCCUGCUUCAAUGACAUCAUGGAAGCGAAGAUCCCCAGCUCUACAACGAAACCCACAGAGCACAGUGAUAUGGCCUUUCGGAAAAAUUUCAUAAUUUCCAAAUAUAUUGAAAAAAAAUAUGCAAAGAAGAGCCCUGCCACUCACCAUCAAGGCCUGCCAGAAGCCAUCAUGUACAAGGAGAUAUUUUCUUUGCUCCAAGCUUAUGCUGAGAAUGUGGAUUUGAGCAAGCCUGUGCUGGCACCUCUGCAGGAACCUGGGGAGACCAUGCUCCACCUGGCAGUGCUGUUGUCUGAUAGAACCUCUUUGCAUAUUGUUGAUUUUCUUGUGCAAAACAGUGGGAACCUGACAAUGCAGACUGCAAAGGGGAACACGCCGCUUCACUACUGCUGCUCUCACAACAAACCCGAGUGUGUCAAGCUACUACUGAAGGCCAAAGUCAACAUUGCCAUCACUAAUGAAGCAGGCGAGACAGCCCUGGCUGUUGCCAGGAGGAUGAGACAUCCCCAGUGUGAAGAACUGCUGCUGCAGGCCCAAAACAAUGAGUUCAACCCGCACGUCCAUGUGGAGUACGAGUGGUGGCUGGGCCAGGAUGACAUGUAUGAAAGUGACGAAGACCUGGAUGAGAAGAUGGGUUCUUUGAAGAAAGAGCAUCCUAUGCGUCCUCAGAGCUGCUACCACCCACCUGCUCCUGCUCCCAAGCAACAGGCAGCAGGGACGGUGCCCCUGGGGAAGAGGCCAGACACCUUCAUGUCACCCAGCCACCUCCGUGGCCUGGACAUGCCACCAGCCCCCUCCUACGCACCCCCCACCCCACCCCAGUGGGUAAGCCCAGAGGCCCAUCCAUCCUUUCUUACCAGCACAUCUGUCUUUACUGAGGAAACAAAAACUGGAAAGAUCCCACCCCUGAUUCUGAGCACCAAGCACAAGCGCACAUCUUCUGAACCAGUGCCUUGGGUACCGCUUAGUCCCGAGCCGCCAAGUCAAGUCAACCUGACUUCAGGCACCCUGAAAACAACAGGCUCCUUUUGCAUACCUGGUCCUGGGAAAGUGGGACAAGCCGGUCCACAGCAGUCUCUCCAGGAGCCAGAUCUGUGUUCUGUGCAUGCUGAGGAGUCUCCACCCCCUCUUCCUCGGAGGAGCAGUCUGAACAGACUGCUGCUCCGCAGGGUCCGAGCUCUCUAUGAUUGCACUGCUGACCGGGAAGAUGAGCUGACUUUCCGUACAGGCGAGAUCAUUGUGGUGUCUGAAAAGGAGGACAGCAACUGGUGGAAAGGGUGGAUUGAAGGACAGCCUCAUAGAUGCGGUGUCUUCCCAGCUUCAUUUGUUCAUAUCCUCAAUGAAUAGGAGCUGCUUCACGUGAGGAGGAAAGAUCUGAUCAGAUGCAUAAAAUGCAGCUCUCCCACAUGCUGUCUGCAGAGGGCUC